AUGGUUGGAUAGUUGCCCGAUCCUUCAAAAUAUCCUGUACCUUAUUGGUCUCCUCUUUGUUUCCGUUUGCACCUCUCCUCUAGCGUUGGUCUCGUCGAGAAGAGAAUUGACCACUGGCCAUUUUACAAACAUAAUUUUAAAAUAUUAGGUCUAUAGUAACGUAUAGGUAGACAUGGACGACUUUGAUAUGCUCAGCGCACCACAGUCGAAUGCUGGUAAUGGUGUUGGGACUGAAGAAGAUCCCGCUGCCGCUUUCUUGGCCCAGCAAGAAAGUGAGAUCGCGGGGAUUGAGAACGAUGAAGGGUUCAGCAUCCUGGACAGCGGAGAUGUCCCCUCUUCUCUCAGCAAUAAUCUCACAGGAGAUCAGGAUGCCACUGGUGGAGCAGUGAAUGGAGAUGUACAUGAGGAGAGUAAUGGUCCAUCUGAUGCUUAUGCAGCCAUUUCCAGCGCUGACCGCUUGCAGGCUGAGCCAGAGAGUCUGCGCAAGUGGAGGGAGGAGCAGAGAGACCGUCUGGAGCUUUUGGAUGCCAACUCUCGUAAACAGGAGACGGAGUGGAAGGAGAAGGCCAAGGUGGAGCUAGAGGACUGGCACACACGGCAGGAGGAGCAGCUGGCAAAGACCAAAGUCAACAACAGGGUGUUGGAUGAAGAUUUCUACAAACAGCCCUUCUCUGAGCUCAUUGGUUAUGUCACACACAUUAACCAUCCUUGCUACCGCCUAGACCAGGCGGCGGAGGAGGCCAUGGUGUCUGACCUAGACGAGAACAACCCAGGAACAGAGUGGGAGCGCGUGGCACGCCUCUGUGACUUCAACCCCAAGUCAAGCAAGCAGGCCAAAGAUGUAUCUCGCAUGCGCUCUGUUCUCAUCUCUCUCAAGCAGUCACCCCUUGUCCGUUAGGCCUACUGGUAUGGGGAAGAGAGAGAUAGAGAGAGGGAGGGGGAAAGAUGAAGAAAGAGCUACUGAUCCUGAACUUCAGCAGCCACGAGGACAACACUACCAUUCCACAGUGCACCAUGUAAAACCUCCUUGUGGCUGUUGUUUAAUACAUUUCAACCCUAUUUCAAGUCCCGUUGUUUCAAAGAAGAAAGUGUUGAGUUAUUUUUUGAAUGUGUUUGUUUAGUCUUCAAAGGACCAAACGUCAUCAUGUGUUUUGUUUUUUGUUUAUUUUAUUUUUUUCAUUCCCAUAGAGCUGGCGUGUUUGUAUUGUGACCUAUGAAUCUAUGCAUUUCUCCUCGACCUCUCCAGGAAUCGGUUAAUAAACAUGACCUGUCUGUUUGUCUGUAUACAUACAGUGUGUAUCAGUGUGGGUAUCUUUGUACAUAAAAAAUACUGACUCCCAUGUAUACAUAAGUAAGAGGACAGAAAUAGUUAAAAGGUAAUUGUCUUAAAAGCAGAGCUAACCUGUCUUAUUGCAUCACGUAUCAUCCUCUAUUUGAAUAUCAUUAAAAGUAUAUGGAACUUCA